AGCAAAGCGGAAGAAAGCAGAGAGAACAGUGAUUCUUCUUCGCUUCGAUUCCAAGACAAGUCUUCAUCUUUAUGAGAUCGAAGAUCUCUGUUUCAUGUAAUUCGCUAGAAAGCUGAGAUCUUUAACAGCGAGCAUUCAAAUCGGAGAAGAUGGAUAACAAAAACGUCGUCGUUUGCGACAACGGCACCGGCUAUGUAAAAUGUGGAUUUGCUGGAGAGAACUUUCCAACAUCUGUGUUCCCUUGUGUCGUGGGAAGACCCUUGCUCCGUUACGAAGAGUCACUCAUGGAGCAGCAAGUGAAGGAUAUAGUUGUGGGGGAGACAUGCGCUGAGCUCAGGCAUCAGCUGGAUAUAAACUACCCUGUCCACAAUGGUAUUGUGCAGAACUGGGAAGACAUGGAACAUGUUUGGGAUCAUGCUUUCUACAACGAGUUGAAAAUCAAUCCAUCAGAUUGUAAGAUACUUCUCACUGAUCCACCACUUAACCCCUCCAAGAACCGAGAGAAAAUGAUUGAGACAAUGUUCGAGAAGUACAAUUUCGCCGGCGUUUUCAUUCAAAUCCAAGCCGUUUUGACUCUGUAUGCCCAAGGUUUGCUGACUGGUUUGGUUAUUGAUUCUGGUGAUGGUGUUACUCAUGUGGUUCCGGUGGUUGAUGGCUAUUCGUUUCCUCAUCUUACAAAAAGAAUGAAUGUUGCUGGAAGACACAUAACAGCAUAUCUUGUUGAUCUUCUUUCUAGACGCGGAUAUGCGAUGAAUAAAACGGCUGACUUUGAGACGGUUAGGGAAAUCAAAGAGAAGCUCUGCUAUAUAAGUUAUGACUACAAGAGAGAGUAUCAGCUUGGGCUUGAGACAACCAUUCUUGUUAAGAAUUAUACUCUUCCAGAUGGGAGGGUCAUCAAAGUAGGCACUGAAAGAUUCCAAGCACCUGAAGCACUUUUUACACCGGAACUCAUUGAUGUUGAAGGUGAUGGAAUGGCAGACAUGGUGUUCCGCUGUAUUCAAGAAAUGGAUAUUGAUAACCGCAUGAUGCUUUACCAACACAUAGUUUUAAGUGGAGGAAGCACCAUGUACCCUGGAUUACCUAGCCGUCUUGAGAAAGAGAUCCAGGAUCGGUAUCUUGAUACAGUUCUCAAAGGAAACAGAGAUGGUUUGAAGAAACUUAGGUUGCGGAUAGAGGAUCCACCUAGAAGGAAACACAUGGUAUACCUCGGAGGCGCUGUUCUUGCAGGAAUCAUGAAGGACGCACCAGAGUUCUGGAUCAAUAGAGAGGACUAUAUGGAAGAAGGAAUUGGUUGCUUGAAUAAGAUGAGCCAAGCUUGAUUGAUUGACACUCUUAAACAUCAACAUUUUAAUUCUGUGAUGUCUGUUUGUAGCAUUCACCAACACUUGAGGAUGUUUUAGUUGGAUUCUCUAAGUUCUUGUUUUCUUUGUUCUUUAGCACAAACACAUUUUCAUUUCUUGAUUAAAUAAAAACAACUUUUGAGAUA